UCUGUCUUGAUGAACGUGCGUACGGAGUAAUUUAACGUCUACAGUAACGGUCUACGGUUGUGCUAAUUUACCAUUAUAGCCACACACUCUUUCCGUCUGCAGUGUCGCACCAACGGAACCAAUAAUCUCUAUAUUCAGAUCCGCAGUUCGAUCAGCAUCAAGCAAAGCGGCGUUAAUUAAACUGUGUUGCAGCUUCACUUAUAAUGUGGGCGUGGAGGCGAGCGGUGUAAAGAGGAGGAUAACUGGAACUUUAUCAAGUCUAAACGCACUCGAGUCUGGAAGUUCUUCAAUCCGCGACUAUGGUGAACAGCCAGGUUACAGGUGGAGCGUGUGUGUCCAGAUCGUGCGCGGGCUGUGGGGGUCGUAUCGCUGACCGAUUCCUGCUCUUCUCCAUGGAGCGCUACUGGCACACGCGCUGCCUCAAGUGCUCGUGCUGUCAAGCUCAGCUGGGAGAGAUUGGAACCACCUGCUACAGCAAAGGAGGCAUGAUCCUUUGCAGAACAGACUACAUCAGGUUGUUUGGGCACACAGGGGCUUGCAGUGCAUGUGGUCAGUCCAUUCCUGCCAGUGAAAUGGUCAUGCGGGCACAGGGCAAUGUCUACCACCUCAAGUGCUUCUCCUGUGCAACGUGCAGAAACCAGUUGGUCCCCGGUGACCGUUUCCACUAUGUAAACGGCACCAUAUUUUGUGAACACGACCGACCAGGAGCCACACUCUUCAGUACACACCUGCAGAGUAACCAAAUGCUACCCAACCAGAAAGUUUGCUGAAGGGCCCCUCAUCUCCUUCGUCCCUUCCUUGUCCUCUCUCUAUUUACGUCCCCCUCAGAGGCCCUACAGUGUCCCGCUCAUCACAGCUCCUUCAGCAAACACUCCUGCUCUGAUGCACUUCCGUUUUUACAACUUACAUUUACAGACCUGAAUUUAAAGCUUCUGCAUAGCCUGAUAUACUUUGAAAGAGAGUGAGUUUGUGCUGUGAGCAUGAUGGAUAUAUAUCAGCUUUCAUAUCAAACUCUUCUUGGCCAGCCUGGUGUUAAAUGUGGUGGACUCUGCAGUAUCUCUCCUGAUGAUGACAUACAUUGUGGCAUUUUUUAUCGCCUCACCCCCGAAAACAGAAGUAACACAUCUAUUCUCUCACAGCAUAUCCUGCCUCUCUCACAUCUAACCUCAUAGAUCUGUUCUGCAUUGUAAAGUCAACAUGAAAUGGUAUUCACAACACACUAUUAUUUUUGUAAUUGGAGUAUAACAUGAUAUUCCUGGGAAUUCCUUUGGGAACUGAUUGGAUUGCAAAAAAGUUGAAAAAGUAAGAGGGAUUUGUGAAAAAAAAAACACUUUUAAUGGGGACUUCAAUAGUGGGCGCUGAUGAAUUGCACAAUAAAGACUAGAAACGUGCAUAAAAAUAGGUAUAGUAGGCAUAGUAAAUAGGUGAUUUCAUGUUGACUAUAAGUCAAAAUGUCUCAAUUAAAAAUAUGUAAUUACUGAAAAUUGUUUUGUACAUAUUUUGGACAUGGUUCAGGCUGUAGAACUGUAAAUAUAUGUUUUUAUACCAGUAAUCUCUGUGAUGGUUGAAUUAUAUGCUCAACAUGUGAUGUCUAUUUAAAGUGUAAGUAUCCAAUAAAUGGAAACAACAA